AGUGAUGGGCUGGCUCGGGUAGGAAGGGGUUAAAUGAGCAGCCAGUUUUGGGGUUUCAUCAGAGCUGCUGCCAGACUGGAAAGGUGAGGCAGGAAAAGGGCAACGCCUUGGGAACCAGGGCUGGAGGGAGACACUCAUGGUGCUGGCAGCUCCUUGCCCCGGCACGGUGGGCACAGUUCUGAAGGAACCCAGACCUUUGCCUGGAAGGCACUGAUGCAAUGGAAGGAAGUCAGCACUCCCUGACUGCAGAAGAGCUGACAACACCCCUCCUGAAGAAGACCCUCAGCCCACCUCUCCAUGAGGAUGCCAACACUGUGGUCAUUGCAGUUGUCAUCACCCUGGUGUUCCUCACCCUGCUGACAGUCCUGGUGGUGAUCAUCAUCUACCUGUACAGAAACAAAGGCAGCUACCUCACCUACGAGCAGCCUGUGGCAGAGGCCGUGUCAGUGCAGAUGGAGGAGGCUCCAGCCAAAGAAAAAGAAGAAUAUUUUAUCUGAGCCAGCAGGUACCACUCAGCUCCACAGUGUCUCUGCUCUCCCUGAAAUCAGGGACAUGCAAGCCACUUCUUUUUUGGUUUUUUUUCUUUAAUUUAUUAAGCCAACCAUGGAGGAAUAACUGGGUGUGUGUCAGAGCUUCCCCAGGCUCUGCCCAGAGCAGAGCAAGGGCAGGGUGGAGGGGGGAAGCUCCAGCUACCUGCACCCCAAAAAUCUCCACACCCUGGCACUUUCUAAUACAACCCAGUGAAAAAAUGCUUGAAGAGUCA